CAAAGCGAAGCCAUAAAAUCUGCAAAACCUAAACCCCAAAGCCUCCCUUCAAGUGAACCACAAGAGAGCCAAACCGCAAAAACAGUCAUUGCUCAUUUAGAUCGCCCCCCCUCUCUCUCGCUCUCUACCCCGGUAAUCUUGUCUCGUAUCGAUUUCCAUUAUCUACACGGACCAGUAAUAGGGCUUUAGUCUUGUAUAUGUCACAUUAGUCGGGAAUGCAAGUAUUCUCUUCUUAUUCUUUAUUUUGAUCUGACUUGUUAAUUCAAUCUCUAACUUCCACUUUUGGGCGUUUAUUACGUUUUCUCUUCUACUUGUUACCUUUGUAUCCAAGGGCUUUUCAGGGUAGUGCCUAGAAUCAAGGUUAUAAGAGUUGGUUGUCGUUAUGUUUGAUAAAAGUUCUCAGUGAAAAGUAUUCAUACAGUAGUUCACUUCAAACUAUUAAUGUUUCUGGGUUUUUAUGUUGGCAAAUGGAUAUUGGAGAUUUUAUGAUAUUAAUGCGUGGGGUAUUGAGUUCGUUUUAUGGGUAUGUUUGAUAUUAAGGAAGAAGUCAGAACAUGCUUUCUCUGCGUCCUAUUCGCAGAUUCUGCCGCUCUGCUGCUGCCGCCAUUGCAUCAACUGAUAGUCGUGCUGCUGUAUCUAAUCACGUUUUGAAUCCGAAACGUUUGGAGGAACCUGCCCUUAUCAAGCUAAAAGCAGAGCGUGACCCCGAAAAGCUAUUUAACCUUUUCAAGGCCAAUGCUCAGAAUAGGCUUGUCAUUGAGAACCGAUUUGCAUUUGAAGACACUGUUUCUCGUUUAGCUGGUGCUCGACGGUUUGAUUACAUUGUGCAUUUGCUUGAGCACCAAAAGACUCUUCCACAAGGCAGGCGUGAAGGCUUCAUUGUGAGGAUUAUAAUGUUGUAUGGUAAGGCAGGGAUGACUAAGCAUGCUAUAAAUACCUUUUACGAUAUGCAUUUAUAUGGAUGUAGAAGGACAGCUAAAUCUUUCAAUGCUGCCCUUAAGGUUUUGACACGGACCCGUGAUUUAGGAGCAAUUGAGGCAUUUCUUAAUGAGGUUCCUGAGAAGUUCGACAUUAUAUUGGAUAUUUUUUCAGUUAACAUUAUUAUUAAGGCUUUUUGUGAAAUGGGUAUUUUGGAUAAAGCAUAUUUGGUCAUGGUACAGAUGGAAAAGUUGGGGAUAACACCUGAUGUGAUUACAUACACAACACUUAUAUCAGCAUUUUAUAACAAUAAUCGAUGUGAAAUUGGUAAUGGCUUGUGGAAUCGUAUGGUGCGCAGGGGGUGCUUACCCAACCUUGCAACAUUUAAUGUUAGGAUUCAAUUUCUAGUUAAGAGAAGACAAUCUUGGCAAGCUAAUGAUGUGAUGUGUUUGAUGCAGAGAAUUGGGAUUGCACCAGAUGAGGUUACUUAUAAUUUGGUCAUCAAAGGGUUCUGUCAGGCUGGGUAUCUUGAGAUGGGCAAAAGGGUGUACUCUGCUUUGCAUGGGAAGGGGUAUAAACCCAAUGUUAAAAUUUAUCAAACCAUGGUUCAUUAUCUGUGUAAGGGUGGGGACUUUGAUUUGGCAUAUACCAUGUGUAAAGACUGCUUGAAAAGGAGUUGGUUUUUGAACGUCGAUACCAUUUAUGCACUGCUUGAGGGGCUAAAAAGGAACAGACACCUUGGCAAGGCUAAGAUGAUUGUGACAUUAGCUCAAAGAAGAGUGCCUCCUUUUUCUUCAAAUCAAUUGAGUUCUUUCCACUCCAUAUUGUCUAGAAGUUGAUUCAGUUGAUGGAAAGACUUGGAUGAGUUUGAUUAUUGUAAUCUACCGCUUAACAAGACUUCUGAUUCUUUUCAAUUGAUUUUUGGUAGAUUGCAAAACUAAAUGGACAUCAAGUCUUACUGGUUAUAUCAGAUAAAUGGCACUUCCAUUUCUUCAAUUAUUCUAUUUUACAAACUCAAUAAAGUUAUGGUGACAAAGUUCUAAUGGAUGGUGCUGUGGUUCGUCAUUAUUUAUGAAGAGCUUGAUGGCAACAGAAGGAAGUCAAUAAUCUCGUUGCUACAUUUUGCUUAAAUGCCAAUAUUGAAGGACAGAAGUCACAAAAGAACAUUGUUACGGCCAGAAAGUUAAGCUCAUUGCAGAAACGAGUCUGGAAUAAAGGGUACAAUUGCUGAAUCAAUGGUAGGGGCAACAGACUGGAAUUCCAUUAGUUGAACUGUUGGGCAAAACCUUAAACUGAAACUCCUGGUCCUUGUCUUAUUAGUGUGACAACUUGAUAUUGAACGAGUCUGACCUUAACAGAGUAACUUGUUGGCUAGUUGGAUGUGCAUGAAGUGGGAUACUUGUUGGAUGGAUUUUAGGCUUCUGAUCCUUGCAUAGCCACAACAUUGUUUAGGCACAUUAAUGCUUUUCAGGUGCCUGAACAGGGAUUUUGUUCCAAAUUGGGAUGAAUUUAGGGUGAUUGUUAUUGCAUUUUUUUGCUUUGGCUGGUAAAAGUGUAAUGUGCAAAGCUGAAAUGAUAUUGGCCUGCUAGAAUACAAAGCUCAUUUUCUAUAUGUGGCGUGAUUUUAGUUGAUGAAAUGGAGGAAGUUUAAUUCUUUUUGCA